AUGAAUUCCUUUUCCAAUUUGAACCGAGCCGAUUCCUUCAUUGCGGCUGGUACAGUCUCGGUAGUCCAUGCUGUCGACGAAAAUAUCGUUAUCAAAAUCCGUCCCUCAUCAGGGGAUUUCGAACGUCAAGCUUACAAUAUUGAAAUUCGCUCUUAUGAGCGACUUGGGUGCCAUGAACACAUUGCAUCUUGCGAAGUGACUGAGGAAGGUCUCUUGUUGGAACGUGGAACUUGUCUUCGGGCCAUGCUACAGAGUGUCAGCAAGUCUGCCAUUCCUUGGGCCGUGAAGUUACAGUGGGCGCUGGAAGCCGCGGGUGGUCUUGCAUAUAUUCAUAGCAAGGGGAUUAUUCAUGCAGACGUUGGCUGUCACAACGUCAUCGUGAAUAAUGCCAGGCACAUCAAAUUCAUUGACUUCGCUGGCUCUGGUAUCGAUGGUGAAGCCCCUUUAGUCUGCUAUGAAUGGUGCAGUUUCCAGCCGGGCAAUGAAAUCAGCAUCUGCACAGAUAUAUUUGCCUUUGGGUCAAUGCUUUUCGAGCUUGAAACAGGGCGCGUCCCCUACAGCGAGCUGGAAAAAACUCUCGAAAUGGGAAAGCUAGUGGCGGUUGCUGAGGGUUUGUUCUCACAGCGGAAAUUCCCACCUGUGGAUACUCUGGCCUUCGGAUCCGUCAUUUCUGGUUGCUGGAAUGGCAAAUACAAUUCAAUGGAGGAAGUCCGUCGAGAUAUUGCGUUAUUGUGA